UUCCUUGACGUUCCAAUUUAGUUGAGAUAAAAUGCUUUUCAAGGCUGCACACGUAAUGCUCUACGGCUUGUGUUUUGCCGGAUUUAUGAGCCAAUGUUGGGAGCUUCUGAUAAAGUUUUCGAAAGGGCUGACAACCAUGUCCAUCUUGAAUACCUUGCCGAGCAACGGUGGUUUGGAUUUGCCUCGAAUCUCAAUUUGUCCCGAUCCUCCUUUCUCUCAAACUCGUCUAUCCGAACUCGGCUUAUCCCAAGAAUCUUGGGACGUGAACCAGUUUUCGACAGAUUACCAAGGGACAACUCAAUGGCCUAUCACAUCUGAAGACGACAGCAAUCUCUACGAUCAGUCAACCCAUUCCUUUCAAGAAGUGGUCCAAACUGCUGUUUUUGUUGAAAGUCAAAAAAAAGCGCUGAGAUUGGACCAGAAGCAGUACUAUAAGGAAACAAACACGUGGUACAAUGGCAAAUGUUUCACGUUCCUCUUGGAAGGCAUCUCAGCCACGACCGAGUCAUUGCUGAGAAUUGACUUGAAGCACGUGUUUGGCAAUGAGACCGGACGAUUCAAAAUGUUCAUUCAUGAUCAUGGUAUGGAGAUGGCACUUGUCAAUCAGUAUUGGCUCACUUCAAAAAAGGAGGUACUGGAUCUCUAUCCAGGAACAAUCAAUGAUAUCUUAAUAAGAAAGCACUACCAAAAAUUGCUACCAAGUGGAAAACAGUCGCUUAAGCACUGUCAGACAACUUGGAAUUCGGCGGAUUAUUACUCUUGCAUUGAUGGAUUCAUGCAAGAAUUGAGGAAACCAUUUUUUUGUCAUUCUCCAUUCGAUUUCGCCUUAAAUCAAUCUUUCUUCGCCAAUCAAAAUCCAGUGUGCACAACCUUUAAUUUCACAAAAGGCCUAAUCAAUUCCCAAAGAAAAGCCUUCAUAAAACGGCACUUCUCGGAGAGAUGUCUUGAAAGUUGUAAUCUUGUCUUUUACAAGGCGUCCGCUACUGAGACAAAAAUAUUUGGAAACAACGAGACGAGGAUUCGCCUUGCAUACAGUACGAUGAGUUCGACAAAUGAGGAAGAAGUUUAUAUCUAUGAUGCGAUAUCCAUCAUCUCGUCGCUUGGAGGAAGCCUGGGUCUUUAUUUAGGGUUUUCAGUCUUGGAGGUUGGGCGAUAUCUCCUGAAAGCAAUCCAAAAUCAUUUCUUAAAAAACAACAAGGAAUAAAACAAUGUGGCACGGGAAUCCUUGAAAAUUGAGCUACUGAAUAUAAAAUUGGUUAUUCCAGUGUUAUUUAUGUGCAUCUUAUUCACCGAAUCAAUUUUCAUCCAAAAGGCUCGUCAAAAGGUGUACUCGUAGGUAACUUUGAAAUGCAUAGAUUUUUAUUGAUCUGAUAACUUUGUCCUUUGGAAUAAAUUGAAUACAUGUGAGCCGCAUCUUUUUCAAAUCCUACUGACAGAUCUCUCUUAUUACCAAAAUCAAUUGGAAUUUAAAGACUGUGAAACGAGCAUAUUCUGUCAUAAAGAGUCAAUGAGUUAUUGAUGACACGCUUCCGCCACUCAACAAAAGAAAAUGUCAUAGGCAAAGUACAAUUUG